AUGGAGCUCCGGACCAAGGAAGCCGCUUAUGACUUCGCCGCGAUCAGAGACCACCUCACCGCAUGUGUUGAGAUAUUGGAGGAGGCGAAGGAAGAAAUCGGCUUGUUCUAUCAGAUGCCGCCGCCGGAGAUUGUCAGACACCGAGAUCUUUUUGAGAGAAUAUGGGGAUGGGAACGUUUCUUUCCUGUCUACAACCUGAGGUACCUUGAAGAAUACUACCGACGAAAUGCCAAAGCGAGCCUCGCUCAACCGCAACCUAUGUUAUCCCUUGUUUCUCUAGUCUACCUGGGUCGCGAGAAGGUUGCCAGUUCUACGCAGUCUGAUGCCACCAGUGGGCAACAGCAUGCCGAUUCUGCUGAUGUCAAUGACAACUUGGCUACUAUUCUCGUCCAUUUGUGUUGCGAAAAGGAGACCGAACUGGUAUCUGAAUGGAAGGAGCAGGGGUUAGAUGAUGCCUCUCCUGAUAUCAGGCUGAGCACCGCGAUUCAGAAGCAAGUCAUAAAUCUUGUGCUGCCAAAAAAGAAGCGUAUCAUACCUCCUGUUAUUCUGGAUUGCAUCAGUUGUAUCAUGAAGGAAGCUGAGUUGAGCCUUGUGUCGAUGAGGAAGGGGACGCUUGCUGAUGACUGUGAUGAAAAUUUAAGCCAUAACAUUCGUUAUGAGGUGUUUUGUCUCAUUAAAAAGUAUUGGCGUGCACAUCCGUCCUCUGCUUCUGUUGCUACCUGUGCUGUCCUGUUGGGAACCACAAAGGAAGCUGAACAGAUGUGUGAGAAGAGGAGGCGAGACAGUCUCUUAUUUGGAGAGCAUACCUUGACUACAAGCAUCCGCUUGCUGGCCUUAGGUAUGUUGUCUGAUGAUAUGGAUGCAUAUGUGCUUAAGACAGCUACAACUGAGGGCUUUUGCUAUUGGGACUACGUUGAUCCAGAUGCAAUAGACAUGCCUGCCUGGUGUGAAAGUGAACAGCGACAUAGCAAGGCUCAAGACGCGGAACUGGGUAAAGUGCACGUCGAUGACUCUGAUGAGUUAAGCAAGGAAAAGCAUUCAACCAAAAACAAGGUACAGCAAUAA